AUGGUCGUCUCAUUACCACAAGAGCUUCUGCUACUGAUUGCCAGUCAUAUCACUGGAAAGGAAGAGAAACUCACUCCAUAUACACUUGUCAACAAAUCAUGGCAAGCCGCAUUCGAGAGAGGAAUAUACUCUUCGCUUGUGGUGCUUAGUCCGUCAGAUCGAGAGUAUGUUACAGUCAGUCCUACCAAGCGACUCAAGAAACACGGUCUUUUUCUGUCAAGGCUAGACGACAUUACCAGUGGACCACAGGAUUGGCGAAGAGCUCGACGUACAUAUAUCAGGCGGAUCCUUUACAGAGUCGCUGUUCCCUACUGGCUAAGCCCAGGACGCGAGAAAGACGAAGACUAUACUUACGAUAAUAUUUGUCGACGCGAGAACAAUCACGCCUUCUCCACAGGUGUGUGUUUGUUGUUUGAAUAUCUCUCAACCUGGACCACUCAAGCUAUCUCUCUUGACCUUGCUUUACAAGCAGAGAACGCAUCGACAGGAGAAGACAACACUGAGCCAGAGUCGAUGCCAGCGACUGGAAAUGAUGACGCUAUCGCCCAUUACUGUGCGGAACUAUCGCCAGACUGUACCUUGCCCAGGGCUGUGUGCAUAACAUCGCUGAACUUUCCUGAAAUUUUGACCCCUGCCAUGAUUCCUGGUCAACAUACCAUACCAGAUCGACCUUGCCUUGAGAACAGGAUAUCUCUUCCUGCGAAGUUGAAAAUCCUGUCGUCAUGUGGCGAUGUACUGAAGAUACAGCUCACUGACACCUACAACACUCCUUCGACGGAGCCUGAGAUGCUUCAGAACAACACAUUGGCGACUGCAAAUGCGCUGUCUCAGCUACCAUCAAGCAUCCGAAGCUUCGAAUUCUGCUGGGGUUCGCGAUACAGUUUCGAAAUCCCCGACGUGAGACCCCCGAAAAAGGACACUGGGCCGCACACGUUAUGUAUUGCCCUGCACAAAGUUUCAUUGCAACUACAACAUCUUGAAAUCAUGGACAUGGCGGUCUUUCCUGAGCUCUUCUGCCCUGAUGGCUUACAAGGAUCUUUCCGAACAUUUUGGCCACAUCUUGAGACCCUCAGGUUGGCACGAACCGAUGAUUUCUCGCCUUCCGGUAGCCUUUCGCGGUACGGCGAUGGCCAUUCCUCAGAUGAGACGCUGGUUGAACGCUACAUUGAUGAUCUCUAUUCAAGUCUCGGUUAUGCCGCUCAAAGAAUGCCGAGACUGCAAAAUCUUAACCUGGAAUUUGGCAGCAUAGCCCACGAGCUCAAAAUACUUUUCAGAGAUGGCCAGCGGAUCCUGCGUGUGCGUGUGAACAGGCACUAUACCCCAUCAUCUCGGUUCUUAGAAGCUUGGAGAGUGCCUGGAGGGUGUUUGCAACCUUGCAAGGGGAGAGGUUGGCAACAAGCUUCAUACAAAACAUGGCCUCAAAUUUGUGACGUCCAUUGA